AUGUUAUAUAUAUUUUAAUUUGUAUAAUAAUCACAUAUAUCGAAUUGAAUAUGCUGCCAAACCCUGCUCAGUUGAGAACAAAAUAAAAAUGUCUAUUUUUCAUGUCUCGGUGACGCGAGAUUUCGGUGACCAUCAAUGAGGAUCAAGGUCGCUGUUCAAGGUCGACUAUUCCUUCGCCGGGUACUCAAAGGACGCUGCUUUUCCUCAGAACACUCAAAAUCAUCAAACAAGAUGCCAAUCACCACUCUUCACGCCAGACAGAUCUUCGACAGCCGUGGCAAUCCUACUGUUGAAGUUGACCUUAGGAAUGAAAAUGGCCUGUUCCGUGCUGCUGUACCAAGCGGUGCCUCCACAGGCAUCUACGAAGCUCUUGAGAUGAGGGACAAGAUUAAGGCAGAUUACCAUGGAAAAGGUGUGUCUAAUGCUGUAAACAAUGUCAACAAUCUAAUUGCCAAGGAGUUAGUCGGUAAAGACAUUGACCUGAAGGACCAGAAUGCAGUUGAUGACCUUCUCUUGAAGCUUGAUGGUACAGAGAACAAAUCCAAACUAGGGGCUAAUGCUAUGCUGGGAGUGUCACUGGCUGUUUGCAAGGCUGGAGCUGCUGCCAAGGGCGUACCCCUGUACCGUCACAUUGCUGACCUGGCUGGGAAGAAGGAGGUCAUACUCCCAGUCCCUGCAUUUAACGUCAUCAAUGGAGGCACCCACGCUGGCAACAAGCUGGCCAUGCAGGAGUUCAUGAUCCUACCCACAGGUGCCAGUUCCUUCACUGAAGCCAUGAAGAUGGGAUCAGAAACUUACCACCACCUUAAAGCUGUGAUCAAGAAGAAGUAUGGCCAGGAUGCUUGCAAUGUUGGUGAUGAGGGUGGAUUUGCUCCAAACAUCCUUGAAAACAAAGAAGGCUUGGAGCUGGUGAAGAUUGCCAUUGAAAAUGCUGGCUAUACUGGCAAGAUCCAGAUCGGCAUGGACAUAGCUGCAUCCGAGUUCUGCAAGGAGAAGAAAUAUGAUCUCGACUUCAAGAGCAAAGACUCUAACCCUGCUGAGUGGUUGUCCUCUGAUGCGCUGGCUGAUCUGUACAAAUCUUUCGCUGAAGAUUACCCAAUCGUCUCCAUUGAGGAUCCCUUUGACCAAGACGACUGGGAGGCCUACACCAAGUUCACAGGAUCUGUCAAGUUCCAAGUUGUAGGUGAUGACUUGUUGGUGACCAACCCAAAGCGUGUACAGAAGGGCAUCGAUAUCAAGGCCUGCAACUGCCUGUUGCUCAAAGUCAACCAGAUUGGAACUGUAUCGGAAUCUAUUCAGGCGUGUAAGAUGUCUCAGGAUGCUGGCUGGGGUGUGAUGGUGUCACACAGGAGUGGGGAGACAGAAGACACAUUCAUCGCUGAUCUCGUUGUAGGACUUUGCACUGGACAGAUUAAGACCGGAGCUCCAUGCAGAUCUGAACGUUUAGCCAAAUAUAACCAGAUCCUUCGUAUUGAAGAAGAACUCGGCUCAAGUGCAAAGUACGCUGGAGCUAACUUCCGCCGCCCAGAGGCAUAAAGUGAACAGAACUGUUAGAUUCAAAAUGCUCUGUGCAAGAACAACUAUAUAGUUUGCAGCCUCCUAAUUUCCGUUGCUUUUUGAAUGUGCCAUAUUAACAUGUCUCACAGAGAGAAGUGACUGUCGCCUACUUGAAGUUCAGCUACAUCAGCUGUUGGUUGGUAACCAGAGACAGGAUACCAUUCGGGAAGUGUUUUGUUGAUGUUUUAGUUUCAUCUGUUAUUUUGUUGUAUAUUUUGUUACCAACGUUUUACUUAAAACUCAUGUUGGUACAUAGUUAUUUAUUGUUUCCAUCAGAACGAUUGAAGAAUCAUGUCUUGGUACAACAACCCAAGAUUCAAUUUGAAGAAGUAAUUAGACUUUGAUGUGACUCUGAUGCAGAUGGCACUCAUUGAAGAUAUACACAUUAUCUCCUGUGAAACUUUCUCUGUACAUAUCACUGUGGUUAUGUAGCUAUACGUUAUGAAUGUAUGCACAUAGUUGCACAGUUGAAGUUGGCAACAGCUGUUAAUUGAAGUAUUAUCUACAGGUGAAAAUGUCAGUGCUUUUACAUUAACAUUGCAUAGGUCUUGUGGCCACUGUCAGGAAUCUCCAUGACUGGAUUCUGUGUUCCCACAACAAGGAACUGUGGAUACCUUUUUAAGACGGGUAAAAUAUAUUACCUUCACUGUUAAACAUUUUACAACAGCAUUACUCUCUGUAGCUAAGUAUUUCAGGGUAGAUGAAUGUAGUGAGUUGUUCAGUGGGCAUUGUUUUGUUGAACAAGGAAGAACGUUAAAAUCAUAUAUUCCCAUUCCAGCACUUGUUUCACAGUGCACUGUGUGUCUGACAGUGUCCAGUCAUGAUGAUGUGAGGUGGUUGCAAGUCUAGGCUGUGUAGAUCUGUGUUCCGAUGUAGGAUUGUUAUUGUUACAAAUCUUACAUCACUCCUGGCUAAUACAGUGCUAACCUUAUCAGGUCCUCAUGUUUUGCUUUCUGUUGUAUGUACUACAUCCUCUCAAUAAAAUAUCCCAUUUUGA